AAAAUGGAGUGCCCAUCGGUCCAGUGGCAGCUUCAAGUUGGCUAUACAUAUAUCCUGAAGGACUUCAUGAGCUUCUGGUUUAUACCAAGAAAAAGUUCAACAAUCCUGUGAUUUAUGUUACAGAAAAUGGAGUCGAUGAAGCUAACACCGGCAAGAUGGACCUUAAUGACAAACUAAGAAUAGAUUAUAUCCAGAGCCAUCUUGCUCAAGUCCAGAAAGCCAUCAAGGAUGGAGUGAACGUAAAGGGAUAUUUUGAAUGGGCAUUAUUAGACAACUUUGAAUGGGCGGAUGGAUACAGUGUUCGAUUUGGAAUGGUUUAUGUUGAUUUUGAUGAUAAAUCCCUUAAGAGGACCCCAAAGAAAUCUGCUCAUUGGUUCAAAAAAUUCCUUCAGAACCAUGAAGAAGGACGGGACAAACAAUAA